UUUGUUUUUUUCCGUCUCUCGUUCUCUCUCCGAUACGACUCGUUCUCUCUCCGAUACGAGAAAAUUUCUUUUAGGGUUCUCUUGUAUCUCUCGUUUUGAUUUACAAUUAGAGUUUGAACCCACAUAGAUCGAGGUGUCUUAGGCGUGAUAUCUGAAACCUAGAUUCGAUUCAUUCACAACUUUUAUCGAAGAUGGAAAGACAAGUAAUGGCUUCGAGAAUCGUGCAACGGAAAGAGGACUACUUGCCAAGCAAGCAAGUUUCGGAUGAAUCGUCUGAGGAACUUGAAAAGAGUUGUUUAACAGAAGAAGACGAAGAUGCCUGUUUGUCUGAUGAUGCUAGUCAUAACAUUAAGAAGAGGAUAAGGGAAGCUACGACGACUUGUGAAUCGAUGAAGAGAAAAAAGCGUAUGCCAAGCAAAGACUCUGGGUACAAGACGUUGUUUCAUGAUGAUGACUGGCUUUUUGGCAACACUGAUCUCCCAAAGAAUGUUACCAAUAAUAAAGCAGAUAUCAAGAACGAUCAAGACUUGAUCAUGAAGAUGUUGCUGCAGAUACCACCACUAUCGGGAGAUUCCUUGUUUCCUAGGGCUCAGUUUUUGCCUCAAGUCCAGAUUUUUGCAUUACCAUAUACAGUUCCGUAUUAAGUCUCCAUAUUGAUUUCUUCUUUCUCUAGGUUUAACCUGAGACUGAUUAUUCGGAUAUUAACUCAUAAGUUCUAUCUAUGUUGUCGUGUGUACAAGAGUUUCCUUUUUGUAAAAUUUCCUUUUCCUUCCUUUUGUAUAAAUAAUAUUUCCUUAAGUCAAGAGAAAUAGGAGAACAAUUUAUAUA